GUCUGAGUGCUGCGAUAUCACUUUCCUCUUUCGCUCCCCCUUCAUUGAGAUCGCAACUGCGAACCCACAAACCCCUCUCUGCAAGAUGGCUUGAUUUUCACUCUAUUUCCCCUUUUCCUCUUCGAUCCGGUCUUCUUUGCAAUGGAAGGUAAUCAAUCAGUUGCUACCCUCAUAGACUCAACAACCUGUAAGAUUCAACAGCUUCAGAAAGCAUUUGCCGAACUUGAAAGUCACCGGGCUUUAACACUUAACCUGAAAUGGAAACAACUUGAAGAGCACUUUCAUGGUCUUGAGAAGUCCUUAAAGAGACGUUUUAAUGAGUUGGAAGACCAGGAAAAGGAGUUUGAAAUGAAAACGAUGGAAGCCCAGCAACUGUUGGAGAAGCGGGAAGCUGCAGUUGUGGCCAAGGAGCAAGAUUCAUUGAGGAGGCUUCAAGAGAAGAGAGAUGCUGCAGUCUUUGCAAUUGUUAAUGCUUUGGGGAAGCACGACAAAUUGUCAUCUUCUGGGCAUGCUGUUGUUGCAAGUGAGAACCGAGCUGGUGUGCCAAUUAUGGAAGAGAAACCACCUGAUGCCAUGGCUGCUGAAAGUAACUUGGAAGAUGUAAAAGGGUCUUCUGAAAAUGAAAAUGUGGAGUUGAAGUCUUAUCCCCAGCUCAUCAAAUUAUGUGAAGAUAUGGACUCAGAAGGGCUUCACAAAUUCAUAUCUGAUAACCGUAAGAACCUUGCUGCCAUGAGGGAGGAAAUUCCACAGGCAUUAAAGGCUGCAAUGGACCCAGCCCGUUUUGUGUUGGAUUCGCUGGAGGACUUUUACCGAAUUGAAAUACCUAAUUUGGAUGGAAAGAAGGAUGCUAACCUAUUGGGUCUCCGUCGAACCUGUAUCAUGCUGAUGGAAUGCCUUAGCAUUUUGCUAACAAACCCAGAUCUGGGACCUGUUUCUGAAGUCUCAGAUGAUGUUAAGGAAAUAGCAAAAGCAAUUGCUGAGGAAUGGAAGCCCAAGUUGGAUGCUCUUGACAUUGAUGCCAGCAAUGGGAACUCCUUGGAGGCUCAUGCAUUCUUGCAGCUUCUGGCCACCUUUGGUAUUGCUUCUGAUUUUGAUCAGGAAGAAAUAUCCAGGUUAAUACCAAUGGUUUCUCGCCGUCGCCAAACAGCUGAUUUAUGUCGCUCCCUUGGGCUGUCAGAGAAAAUGGCAGGUGUAAUCGAGAUACUGAUAAACAGUGGAAGGCAAAUUGAUGCUGUUAACCUGGCUUUUGCAUUUGAGCUCACAGAGCAGUUCUCGCCCGUGCCUUUGCUGAAGUCCUACUUGAAGGAGGCAAGAAAAGCUUCAUCGCCGCUCAAACCUGGAAAUGCAUCUCCCACUGCACAGAAUGAAGUCAAUGAACGGGAGUUGACUGCCCUUAAGGCUGUGAUCAAGUGCAUUGAAGACCACAAGCUUGAGGAGGAGUAUCCCUUGGACCCACUCCAGAAACGGGUUGUGCAGCUAGAGAAAGCCAAGGCAGACAAGAAAAGAGCUACUGAAGCUGCAAAGCCCCAACCCAAGAGGCCCCGUGCCAAUGGUGUAGGAUAUGGACCCCGAGCCACUAACGUUGCCGCUGACAAAACCUUCUAUGCUAGAGUGACUGAUAGGUACCCACAGUACAUAUACGACAGACCCUAUGUUUACCCCGUACCCACUGACAACCAUGGCCCUUCACUUCUGGGUUCUGCUACUUACAACCUAUCUCCCAGUCAUGGCAACUACUUUGGAAAUGGCUACCAGUACCAGGCCCCAUAUCUUCACUAGCUCUGUAGAGAUGGCCAAAUGAUGAUAAUGAUCCUCGCCUGUUAACUGUUAGUGUUAACCCUUAAGUUUGUUGGAUGUUGCAGUUUAUGAACAACUUUAGUAUGUUUAAAAAAACCCGAAAAACAACAAAAAAACAAAAAACCAAAAAAAAAAACAAAAAACCAAAAAAAGAAAAAAAAUAACUAGCCCUGUUGAUUAUUAAUUUGGUGUAAAAGCAGAUGUUUUGAUCCUCUAAUAUAUGCACUAUGCUUUUCAUGUUUAUAUGUUUA